CUAAAUUUAGAAAAUCCCACUUAUAUAAAUAGAGAGGACUUGAUUAUAUGCGAAUCCAAAAUCAAACAUUUAAUCAACACAAAAAAAGGCUUCUCUGUCUCUCAUCUCGUGAGGUAGAUCUAAAUCGUCGUUAUUUAUCUCAGGUUUUCAAACGUAUAUCGAAAAGGCAAAGACAAAUUCGGAGUUGCAAAUAGCCAACCCCAUUAGUAAAUUGGGAAGGAUGGAACUUUUCCAAAAAGCAAUCACGGUCAAAUUAAGCCACAAAGACAAGUAUCUUGUGGCGGAGGACAACCAAGAAUCAGUGUAUUUAGACCGGGAUGGCUCGUUGAAGAAUGCGGUGUGGGCCGUUGAAAUAAUCGAAAAUGGACCGAAAUAUUUGCGCUUCAAAAGUUAUUACGGAAAGUAUCUCACGGCGUCGAACGUGCCGUUUCCUAUUCCGGGUUCAACGGGGAGGAAAGUGCUUCAAAUGGUCGCCGAGAAACCCGGUUCUUCCACCGAGUGGGAGCCAAUAAGGGACGGCUUCUCGGUGCGGUUCAAGACCCCGAGCAGCACUUUUUUACGACCUAAUGGAGGGUUGCCGCCGUGGAGGAACUCGGUGACUCACGACAUUCCUCAUCGGAGGGGCACGCAAGAGAAGAUUCUGUGGGACAUUCACAUUGUUUGGACGAUCCCGAAAACGCCGGUUCCGUUGGCAAAACAUCUUCGGGACUUGUCGGGUAAGAAGUUUUACACUGCAAGGACACCGCCUACCCUCGGGGCUCCCAAAUUGGCAAGGUGAAUCAUUGAUUCAAGUGCGAAAUGUUAGGUGGCCGGGUACGUAGAUUUUGAAAAAUUAGUAAUUGCUCCUGCAGUACUGUAUUGCUUGAGGAGCGUUGAAUAAUCAUUCGCAAAACUUUUGUUGAAUGAAUAA